UCUCUCGGUCUCUCUCUCUCUCUCUCUCUGCUUCAUCGAUUCGAAGUAGAACUGAACUUUGUGUAGUGCGGCGAGAUGGGUGUGAAAUCGGUUUGUCGAGAAUCUUCGGAUAGGAAAAACUGGGACAAAAUAUUCAAGAAUUUGGUCAAAUGGCUACAGACGAAACAGGACGCGAUCGAAUCGCUUCUAAAAGACAGGAAGAGCCUCGAAGACAAGCUCAAGACCAAACACGAAAACUGGAUCUCCGAUGUUCGGAACUACGAGGAACAACUCUCUCUCAUGAAGAGAGAAAUUGAAACGAUGGAGAGGAUGCAGUUCUUUGAGACCUCUAAAUCCAAUCUCUUGUCUGUAUUAAAGGAAAAAGAUCAUUCUCUUUGCAAUUUGAAAUUAGAUGAGGCGGUGGAUGAGUUCAAAGACUUCAAGGCUUGGUUUGAUUUCCUCACUCUGAACACAAGUAAAGAAAAUGGCGACUCGGAAGCUGCAGAAUCAUUGGAAGUAAAAAUCAGGAAGCUGAAGCUAGAGUAUGAGAGGCUUGCUUCUGAGAAGAAGUGUGAGGUCUCUGAUCUUAGACGAGAGAACGGGUUUGCUUUGAGUCACUUCAAGUGUAUCCAAAGUGGGUUCACUGAUAAGUUAAAGAGGAAAGAUGAGGAGAUUGCUCAAGCAAACACGAAGAUUUCGAGUCUUUUGUCUUUUCAAGAGCAGCUUCAGUCAUCUAACCAUGAGAAUGCUGAGAUUAUCUCGAGCUUGAAGGCUGAGGUUGCCGAAAUGAAGGCGAGUUCUAUUAAGAAAGAUGAGGAGAUUUCGAAACUCUCAAGGGAUCUAGAGUCUUUGAAGAAGUCUCGUAGCUUUACACCGGUUUUAACACGAUGCACGAUGCACAAUGGUAGUAGUGUGGGAUCUGAGGUAACAAGAAAGAAAGACAAGUCUGCUGCUUCACCACCAAAUGAUAAGGAAAUUAGAAGCUCAAAGAGGAAAAGAGUGACAGUUUCAGAAACUCCAAAGCUGUUCACUUCAACGUUUAGACUUCCCAAGUUAAAGUCUCCAUCUUCUGGAGCCAAAUAGGACUUAUCCGGUCUGCCUGCUUCUGCUAGAUUUAGGAUUUAGAGAAAUGAUCCUAAUGUAAUCUAUCUCUGUAUUUAGAAGCAUCCCUCUGGUAUAUAUUAGCUUAUAUAGUUAACUGAGUAAUUUCCACUUACCCGCAGCAUAUAAUCUAGCAGCUGUUAACUUUUUUUCUGUGUAUUAUUUGUCUUGUAACCAAGAUUUUAUUCCAAGCGGCUUUAAAUAAAGAGUUUUCACGGUUU